AAAAAAAAAACACUAACACGAAAAAGAAAAAAAAAAAGGCAGAGCAGAGACGAAGGCGAGACAAAAGGCGAUUCGGCUAUCUUGAGAUCUCCUCCACCUGAUCACGAUUCGGCGAGAUCUCCGAUAUGGCAGACGCAGAGACUUUCGCAUUCCAGGCGGAGAUCAACCAAUUGCUCUCCCUCAUCAUCAACACCUUCUACAGCAACAAAGAGAUAUUCCUCCGUGAACUCAUCAGCAACUCCUCCGAUCCACAAACAGUUUCAAGAGGUACCAAGUCAAGUUCAGGAGAAGGAGAGUAUGGACUCAAUGUUGGUUUUACCAACUACGCUGCAGCUUACUGCACUGAGCUUCUUUUAAGUGAUUCUGUGUGGGUGUGCGGGGUUGAGGAAUGUUCUCGAAACGUGGAGAUGAGGAGCCUCGAAGGAGUAGAAGAAUGUGAGACUGCAGCACACGAAGACAGGACAUGUCGCUCAGGUACCAUGAAUCUGGAAGGGAAGGGACUUGUCUGCCACAAGUUGGUCAGUGGAAUAUGA